UGCGUGUGCGUGUGCGCUUUAGUUACAUCAGUCGCCGUCUGCAAGGGGAGCUCUGAAGCGAGCAACAGAACUGAGCCGAAGUCAAAGGAGCGGAGCAGCAUGCAGGCUAUCAAGUGCGUGGUCGUGGGAGACGGAGCUGUGGGGAAAACAUGUCUUCUCAUCAGCUACACAACCAACGCCUUCCCUGGGGAGUACAUUCCUACUGUAUUUGACAACUAUUCGGCUAACGUGAUGGUGGAUAGUAAGCCAGUCAACCUUGGCCUCUGGGAUACAGCUGGACAGGAAGACUAUGACCGGCUCCGUCCGCUGUCCUACCCACAGACGGACGUGUUUCUCAUCUGUUUCUCCCUGGUGAGCCCAGCGUCCUAUGAAAACGUCAGAGCCAAGUGGCACCCAGAAGUGCGCCACCACUGCCCAUCUACACCCAUCAUCCUGGUGGGCACCAAGCUGGACUUGCGGGAUGACAAGGAGACCAUUGAGAAGCUGAAGGAGAAGAAGUUAACGCCUAUCACCUACCCUCAAGGCUUGGCUUUGGCCAAGGAUAUAGACUCAGUCAAGUAUCUGGAGUGCUCGGCGCUGACCCAACGUGGCCUUAAGACCGUGUUCGACGAAGCCAUCCGGGCCGUGCUCUGUCCGCAGCCCACCAAGGUCAAGAAGAGGCCUUGUGUAGUGCUUUAAAAGGACCAGUGGGACAACAGGACAAGUAAAGGAAGAACAGUAUUUGAAUUUUCAGUUCUGUCUGUAAUGGAAAGCCUUAGUUAUUAAUAUGAUUAUUAUUAUUAUUAUUAUUACAAUAAUGAGCUGGGAUAGGCUCAAGCAUCCCCGCGACCCUGAGAGCAGGAUAAGCGAUGCGGAUGAUGGAUGGAAAAUAAUAAUAAAAUAAUAAUAAUGAUGAUAAUAAUUGAAUGCCUCAUUUUAAAACCCAGUUAAAAGGGGCAUUGAAAGUAAUAAAGCAUGGCAGCCAUAAACAGGCCUAGUUGUAUGCAGGAUGUGGACGCCAUGUUUUAUUUCAUGCAUAUUGUGUUAUAGUUCUGCUUGUUAUUUCAAUUUCAACGACUUGUACAACCAGAUUCACAAUUGUGCCUGGUUUUGUUUUUUUUACUUCUUUUUUCCAUUUUUUCAGCUGUACCUAUAUGUGGCUUAUAGAUAAUUUAACAAAAGGAAAUUAAAAAAUAAAAAAUGAAAAGGAAAAAACCCUUUACCUCAGCUUGAAGUGUUGCUGUUGUGGCGGUAUAAGUGACAGGCCAUGAAAAUGCCUAUAUGGCAAAGGACGCCAUUGUUUUGGGGCGUGAAAGCUGGACGAUAUUGUUUUUUAUAUUCCAGUGAAAUCUUUUAUAAAGCCUGUUGUUUGUUGUAAUAGUGAAAUAAAACGGUCAUGUUAUGAAAAACAAAACAACAACAAUGGCUGGUCCGCCGGUCCGCAGAGCGGCGCUGUUCCUGCAGACUGAGCUGCUUCAGGUGGACUUGGGUCUCCAUCACUACCCAUUUACACCACAGUAGACAGUCUCUCUGUGUCUGUCUGGUUUUGGUGGUGGUUUUGGGAGGUUGUGGGUGUGUGUUUUUGUCCUUUGUG